GUCACCUGUCCGUUGUUGUUAGUGGCAACCAUUAUUAAAAACGCUAGUUUGCUGGGAGCGAGAAUCUAUUAAAUAUUUAUGCUUUAUAUCAAACAUCAUCCCAUUCAUCAUGCUCAACUAUUUGUCUUAGGUUAAAUCACUUUGCAUCGAAAUUAAGAUUCUGAAUCUGGUUAGAAAAAUCGAAGACUCUGCGAAGAUUGUUAUCGUCUCAGUGAAGGCGCUUGGAAUUCGAAGACAGAUUUGCGUGGAAACUGUUGUUUUAUCUACUAACAGAAAAUGGGCUGUGGUGAAUGUUGUGGAAGGUUUUGCCGGUGCUGCUGUUCCUGUUUUUCACGAAUUCCUUAUGGAACAACUUUUGGGCUUGUUUUAUCCAUCACUGGCAUGCUAGUUUUUGUUGGAGGCUUUGUUACAUCACUCAAGUCCAUUGAUAAACUUGCUAACAUCAAAGGAGCUUUAGAUUUUGGCUACACUGUUACUGGUGUUAUUAUUGGUGCAUCAGCCCUCCUUGGUCUCCUAAUUCUUGUCUUUGCCUGCUGUACAAGUGGUGAUACCAGAGAUAAUGUUUACAGCGGCUGGAAAUCAAAACUAUUUGGAAAGUGCUUCAGCUCUUUGCUGAUUAUAAUAGAGUACCUUUUGUACUUGGCAUGGGCACUCUUGUCUGUAUUCAUGGUUUUGCCUGUCCUGUUGCAAAUAAUGCUCAAUGCUCUUUGUGGAAUCACUCCUAAAUGCAUCAAUCUUCAUAGUCUUGGCCUGGAACCUUUUCUGAAGUAUGCAAAGAACAGUACCAUUAACACAGAAAUUUGUGCAGAUGAGUUGAAGGCCUUUUGCAGUAAUGUAAAGGAGGCAGGGACUCCUCUGAUUAUCUCGCUAGUUGGCACUUUGGUGGCUGCUCUAGGAACGGUUCAUGUCCUCAUGUGUUUGUCAUCAAACUUCGCUUACGUUAAAUCAUAUCGUAAGACCCAGAAGAACGGCAAUGAGACGGUUGCCAUGACUUAAUGUCUUCAUGGAGAAGGAUAACAAACAUGAUAUUUUUAAUGGUCUUAUGUAGUAGACAAUAAAGAACUGUACGUUACAGUUUCCAAGGGGAUUGAAAUGGCAAGUGAAUGAAAUUCUAAAUACUUCUAAAUACUUAUACCACCAGCCCCGGGGACUGUCACAGUACCGUGAAAAGAUCUGUAAUCGUCUAUAUCAUCUCUUGAUUAUAUGUAAUUGUGUUUUUAAUCGAUUUUAGCUUUGUAUUUCUCAUCACUGUUAUUUUGUCCUUUGUGCACUAAAUCGAUAUGUUUUAUUCCCGCAUUGAUGAUUUAAGAGAACUGCUAAAAUGCCAAGUUAAAGCUAUCCCAAAGUUGCUAUGUAUAUUCCCUAUAUAUAUUCUCCUUUUAUAUUCUGUCAAUGAUUUUAGUUUUGACAAAAUUUUCAUUUUCCUCACUUGUAUCAUCACCCAUAGCACCAGUGUAUCUCUAUUGCGCAUAUUUCUCGAUAAUUUUUUAUAAAAAAGGUUAAAAAAAGAUUAAAUGCGCCACAAAUCCAGAGUCAAAGUUCUUGAAGACUCCAAACCUCCAUGACUUUCUUUUCUUUAUGUCUUUGUGUUUAAGCCACCCUCUGGUUUCUGCUUAUUGAUUAAGUUGUAUUUGGUGGUUUGUUAUCAAAGAUUUUGUAUAUUUACCUUGGUAACUUUUGCAUUUCAAGUGCCAAGUGAAAAUAAGUUGUUUUUAGUUCUUUUCUUCAGUACGUUUUGGAAGUCUUCUGUUUUUGCUUUCUUUUGCAUUAUUCAAAUUUGACGUUACAUGUUAUUUUGUUUGCACAUUUUAUAUGGUGACAAAGCAGCCAUUAGGCUAGCAUAGAGUUCCUCCUAUUACGAAGAAGGACAGGGUUUGUCAUCUGGCAGCUUGUUUCCUAUUACCAUUGCAAUACUGAGGCUAACUGUUUUCCGUGUAGAAGCCAAAGCCAACAAUCCUAUUUUAUAACGUCAACACAAUCAUUUUCCUUUAGAAAAUUGUAAAAGUUUUUGUGGCCAUAAUUUUGAGCGUCUUAUUUGGGUAGGACCUCCUCCAAUCUGCAAUAAUUACUAGUUAACCCCUCCACUUUUACGUGGUUUUUUCAGAGUUAUCUUCUUCGUCCUUAGAAGUCCUUAGAAGCUACACUAUUGCUUUUGGGGUGCCACCUUCUAGCAGCAUAGAUAAAUAUUUAGUUAGACUGAAGCGGUCAAAUGGCUCGAAAAAAUUUUGCUCCUCAGUUUCAACAUUUUAGAAAAUAUUUAAUCUUUAGCCUCUCCUUCCCCCUUUACCCCUCGAAUAUAACUCCUGCUGCAACUCCUUCAAGUCCAGUAACAAAUUCGAACUUCUGGGAAAAAAUAAUGUAAGGUUUUGACAAAUCUUUCGAUAAAGCCUCGUUAGUACCCUUAUCCUUUUAAGAUCCAUGUUUUGCAGUAGAUAAUAUAAUACUCACUUUGAUUUUUGGAAGUUUUAGUUAUGCACAAUUGAAGCCCCUACCAAGUUAAUUUGAAAAUAGCACACGUAUUGAAAUGAUGUUUAUAUUAUGCUUUAAUGGCUAUUUAGAUAUACUUGUGAUUAUAUUCUAUUUUGCACCAUGAUUAAA